GCGUGGAAUCUCGAUGGGUGCAGCAAGCAGACUAAGAAAACGGGAAAUGCGACAUUGCGAGAUGACCCGGCGAAUGACGUUCUGGGAGGAUAGGCCUCGUGGGAUCCUGCCACCAAGAAUAUCAGAAGGCAGGGUCGAAAUAAGGCUGCCGGCAAGAAGUACGGUAAGCAAUCCGGUGAUGGACUGGGUGGGGGUAGAAUUGGUGGAAGAUAUGGUGUACCUAGUAGUGGAGCUGGAAUGGCGUGCGAGAGGGGAGUUCGGGGGCGUAGACUUGAAUCGCCCGGGGCGUGUACAUGCAACGGGAUCCUUACACUUGUCGGAAGAGGGAUGGCGGACCUUUGGGAUUGCUUUGGCUUCCGGGGAUGAUCCCGUGCGAAUGUUCGAAGGGGCAUGGCAAAUAACCUGGCGGGAGGGGUUUGAGUUUGCAGACCCGGGACGAGAUGACGUAACGGCGGAGGUAAAAGUCGCCGCGACAGGGGUCUUUGAGCUACCAAAACUAGGGAAAAUGGCAACGGAGGAGGAGACAGAUAAUCAUAAGAGUGAAGAAGAACCGGGCUUAGGAGGCAGUGCCGCACAAAGCGAAGGGGGGCAGAAGGACAGAGAAUCGAUAAAUCCGGAUGGUACCAAAGGGAACCGGAAGGAGAUCUCUUCGGGGGAAAGCUCGGGGAAAGCAGGGGGAAGCAGGCAGGGGACUCAGGGGACCAAGGAAGGCAGGAAUAAGGAUAGGACAAACCCCGAGAAAUCGGAAGGAGCCGUGUCUAAGAAAGUAAGAGUCACGGAUACGGGGCGCAGACUAGUCGAGAUAGACAAAAAGACCGCGGAAUACAAGGCGAGAUUGAUUGAGGAAAUGAUGACUGGGAACGAAGAAGGCUCUCUGCAGGAGGAACUCCCGGACGAACGGAGAACCGGCCGAGGUGGGACUGGACAAGGGGAUAAAGGUAGUGACCGUGGGGGAACGCCGAGCAAAAGAAGGGAAGAAGAGGAGAACUCUCCGGGGAUGGACGUGGAAAAAGCAACGACCCCGCCAGCCAUAGAUAGUAGGGCUAGCCGCCUGCCGACCACGCCAGUAGUGAUGCGAGGAUGCGAAGGACUCUGGAGCCUUAGGGAAAGAGUGUUGGGAUGGCUUGACCCAGAAGGAACUACGAAAACCAUGGAGGGACAGAAGGCCGGCAAGGAAGGUCGGGAUAACAGUGUGACAGGCGAGGCCAGCAGCUCCGAGGGCGGCCUUAAGAAGAUAGUGUCGUCCCUCGCGCGAGCACUAAACAAAAAUCAAGGCUACCUAGCGGAUGCCAAGAAAACGUCGACGUUUGAUGGGGUGAACAUCACGCAAUUCCUGAUAGAUUACAAGAACCUGGCUGCGCUGUUGAAAUGGACCGAAGAGGAGAAGAUGGACCACCUGGGACAGCAUGUGUCUUUGAGCCUAGGAUGGGACAAAAUCGUCAUCGUAGCCGCAAGCCGGUCUUGGAAAGAAACAUGGAAUGUGAUGAUGAGAAAGUAUCUGGCAGCAGAAAAGAUGGCAACGGAGAGCGAUUUAGCGGCAGUCCAGGGAAAGAACUUCGCAACGUACAAUGAUUUCCUACGGGAGUUUACUUUGGUAGCACUAAGAAUCCCCGGGGUUACGGAUCAAAUAAUGAGUAAGUAUUUCCUCAGACAGUUCUCCGAGUUCGACAAGGACAAAAUCCUGUCGGCUUACCAACAGACGAGCAAAUUUGUAAACACCAGGGACGUUGAUUUCAGUACGGUAACGGAUCUGGCCGAAAAGACGGUAGUGACCGAGACAUUGGCCUUGCUUAAGGAAGGGGAGAUUAUAGACUUGACCAGUAGGACGGGCGAGAAGGUGAAAAAGGGGAUUGAAAGCCUACACGAACGGGUGCACGGAGUCGACAACAAGAUUGAAAGGAUGGAGAGCGAACUACUAGUUAUGCAGGCGCAAGUAUCCCGUCCCCUCCUCCCGCUCCAGAAAGCAGUAGUUCCGCCAGGGGUGGCCAAUCGUAGAUUCGGACGGAGAGAUCCCGCUAACGAGCAAUGCAAGUACUGUACCGUGAUAGGAUAUUAUUUGCGCGUGUGCCCAAAGCUCAACCAUGAUAUUCUAAAAAGAAGGUGUACCAGGUCAUUAAAGGGGGAGAUAUUUGGACCACAAGGGAAACGGGUGAACUGGAACUCACCAGGAGGAAUGAGACGAGCCAUUAUCAUACUCAACGGGCUAGAAAUAACAGUCGUAGAAGCCGAACCGGUGGGCGAGAUCAUCUGGGAUCAACGCCAGGGGCGCGGGGCGCAGGUCAAUUUCAUUUUGAAAAACGACGGACAUGAUAGGGUGAACGCAACUACUCGGCUAGGGACGGUUGGGAGAAGGAUUAACCGUAACACCGUGAUGGAGGAGGUUGCUGGAAGUUCAGAACCCCAGGCAGAGCUUGAGGCCGAGGAACCGGAAAAGGUCUAUGGGAAACCUAGGGAAGAGGAGCCUACAGACAAAGUUUCCGCUGCCAAGAAGAAGUUUAGGUACCAAAUCCCGAUUUUAUCCUUACCUGAGAUCGAUGACUCCAUUAGCAAGUUACUAGGGACCAUGGUGUCGGUGUCUUUUCAGACUAUGUUGCAGGCUAGCCCUAGGUUGCUCAAAGGGCUUAGACAACUGUUAACCCGGCGGCGAGUAGAAAUAGGCAACAACCCCGAACUACCUGAAGGGGAGAGGGAGGAGGAAGCUCCGCAAGAAGUAGCUAACCUUCAGAGAAGUCGCAGGGACUUGGAGGAUCUCGAGAAAGCUUUUGCGGACAUUCGUUUGAGUUUGCCCGACCGAGAGGGCGGCGAGGUUAUGAGGUCACCUCCCGGGACAAAGCUUAGCUUUCAUGCACUGCCCGUAGGGAAGCUGAAAAUCCAGAUCGGAACUCAGCAUACCGAGGCGUUAGUAGACAGGGGGGCAGGAAUCACCCUUAUAAGAAGAGAUUUCGCAACGAUCACGGGAUGUACGGUAAACAAGGAAGUAACAGGGAGCAUCCGGGGAGCUGGUGGGAAAAUCCCGUUCACUGGGUAUGUCACGAAGUGUGCUGUAAAGGCAGGGGUCAGGGAAUCAAUCUGGUCAUUUCAGCGGAUGACCGUAAUGGAGGAAAUGGAUCACGACAUAAUCCUCAGGAGACCGUGGUGCGUGAACGUAGAGAUGAUAAGCAUGCACUUGCACGAUGGCUCAUACAUGGUAGACAUAGAGGACCCGGUGACCGGCCGGGGAGAGCUCCUCCGACUCCUUGGAACGGGAGGAGCCCCCCCGAGGGGGAAAUUGGCAACAUGGUCGUCGUCAUUCGAGGAUAGCCCGCGAAAAGGGGCUUUCGUACGGAUGGAGGGUAUGAGAGAAAGGGUAGAAGUCAUGAUUGAGGAAGCGUUCAACAAGAAGGAGUGGAUCAAGAUGGGUCUGCCCCAGAAGAAGAGGAGGCAGGAGGACGAAGUCCUAGGUGUUAUGGUAGCAGAAAAGGAGUCAGAGGUCGAACUUGGUGCUAGCCUGGCCAAGGAAGCCGGAUCCGGCAAAGACCGACAAGAUAUCACAGUGGCCGACGCCACUGCGCAUGAUGACGGAGGUAAGGCAUUCCUAGGCAUAGUCGGCUUUUGGAGGAUCUUCAUUAAGAACUUUGCCAAGAUUGUUGAGCCUAUCCGGGCUAUGAUAAGGGAAGAAGGAACCAUGGAUUGGACGGAGGAGCGAGAAGGGGUUGUCCAAAGGCUCAAGGACAUAUUGACAUCUGAGACAGUCGCCCUGUCCGCGCCUUGUUUUAAUGACGAAGUGGGACGACCCUUCAUCCUAGAGACGGAUGGAGGACCUUUGGUCGUAGGAGGUGUGCUGAUCCAAAGGGAUGAGGGAGUAAAAGAGAUGCCGAUUAGGUUCGAAAGUAGAACCCUUAACUCCGCAGAACGGCGGUACUCGCAAUUCAAGAAGGAAGUCCUAGUCAUCCUGCAUUGCCUUAAGACCUUCCAGGCCUGCCUAUUUGGGAGGCGGUUCAUCUUAAGGAUCGACCCGACGAAUGUCGCAGGGGCCCUAAAGAAUUACAGGCCUAUAAAUCCGACGGUAGGGAGAUGGUUAGGAUCCAUCUGGCAGUUCGAUUACAAGAUCGAACGGAUUGCUGGAAUCCGCAACAAGGCAGAUGGGCUGAGUCGGGUUUGCAUCACCCCCGAAGGGAUGGAGGAUGCAGAGCCCAUAGACGCAUUCCUCGAAUACGAAGGAGGAACUCUUGUGGUGGAUAACGAAAUGAUGAGCGGAGAAUGCACAUCGGGAGAACUAUUGAUCCAGACUUUGGAGAAAGGGACACCUGCCGUAGUAGCAGAACUUAGAGAAGGACCAGUUACCACUCGAGGACGCAGAGAAGAAAAUGACUCAUGGGGAGCGAUAGUUGGACCGAAAGAGGAACUGAUAGCAAUGGCGGUCGAAGGGGGCCGGGAAGCAGUGAUGAGCUUAGUGGAAUCUUGGGAAAGGAAAGAGUUGCAAUGGAUGGUAAAUCAGAUGCAGGAAGGAAAGGAUGGGGACAAGGAAGGAGAGGAGUUUUUCUAUGUCCAAUCAUACGAAGGGCUCUUUCGGGAGAUGGGGUUGUUGCUAGUAGGAAACAAACAGCCUACGGAAGUCAGUAUUAAGGCAAGAGAAGAAGCCGAAAGGUAUAUUCUAGAUGUGCAAGACAACUUGAGUGGGUUCGUGGAGGCAGUCGCCCUCAAGAAAAAGACAGGAAGGAGUAUGGCGGACUGGAUAGAAGACUUCUACUUAAGGCACCCGUUCGUCAGGAGAUUUAUAGCAGACAAUGGGACGGAAUUUGUGAACCAAGAAGUAUUGGGGAUGCCUAACAGACUCUGCGUACCGAUCAAACUCAUCGAGCCGUAUCACCCUGAGGCCAAUGCACCGGUGGAAAGGGGGCACCGAACCUUGAAGAACACGAUUGCAAAGCUCGCAGCAGACCAUAUGGGGAACUGGCCUAGGUGUCUUAAGCGGGCUAUCUUUGCAGAGAAUAUGACUCCUAAAAGGACAACAGGAUGUAUCCCGGCAGACCUUUAGUACGGAAGAGAGAUCGACUUUCCUGUGGAAGCCUUGGUACCUACCUGGAAUAGGUUAGAUGAUGAUCCGCAAAUG